ACCCACGUGCUGAUCGCUGCUGAGUAAGAACACAUUCUGCACGUAGCAGACAUAUUAAUCAGAAAGGGGCCAUCUGCUGCUUUGGUAAAUAAAUCGAAAGGAGUUUGCACUUUGCAGGACUCGUCAGCUCCAAAAAAGGGGGAGUGAUUACAGCCGCUAAGGGGGAGUUCACACACGUGGAUCACAUACAACCAGAUAAAAAAGAACUCCAGGAUCAGCAGCCUUCUGGUUAAGCACUUAUCUGUCGGCAAAGGUGCGGCUGGUAGGCGGGAGGAGGGGGAGUCAGUUCUAGUAAGUGCAUUCACAGUGCAUUUAAUUAUUUAGUCUGGUAACCUAAAGGCUGGGUGGAACUGGAAAUCUCCACUGAGGAGAGACGUUGCUGCAGCUAAACUUUCCCACGCUGUCUUCGUUACUAACCUUGAACUCGUUUGCUUCCUACAUUAAAAAGUUGUACAUGCUGGUUGACUCAAGUUACUAGCGCGAUUUGUUCAUCUCCAGCUGUACUAAGCACUGGUUUGGUGCAUAUUUGACUUAACUCUGGGGGGCGGGAAGACCUAAUCAAGAUGCCUCUGGGACCUAUAAUGAGAUUAGAUCUAGAGAAAAUAGCCCUCGACUAUAUUGUGCCCUGUUUGCAUGAUAUCGGCUUCUGCUACUUGGACAAUUUCCUGGGCGAGGUGGUAGGGGACUGUCUGUUGGAGCGAGUGAAACAGAUGCACUAUAACGGGGAGCUGCAGGAUGGUCAACUAGCCGGCCACAGCAAUGGCAUCUCCAAAAGACAUUUGAGAGGAGACCAGAUAAAGUGGAUCGGAGGCACUGAGGAAGGAUGUGAGGCCAUCAACUUUCUCUUGUCGUUGAUAGACAGGCUGGUGAUGUAUUGUGGAAGUAGACUGGGCAAGUACUAUGUCAAGGAAAGGUCCAAGGCAAUGGUAGCUUGCUACCCUGGGAACGGAACUGGGUAUGUUCGUCACGUAGACAAUCCAAAUGGCGAUGGGCGCUGUAUCACCUGUAUUUAUUACCUGAAUAAGGAUUGGGACUCAAAGCUGCAUGGUGGAAUUCUUCGAAUAUUCCCGGAAGGAAAGUCCUAUGUAGCAGAUGUUGAGCCCAUUUUUGACAGGUUACUUUUUUUCUGGUCAGACCGAAGGAACCCACAUGAAGUGCAACCUUCCUAUGCAACCAGAUAUGCCAUGACUGUGUGGUAUUUUGAUGCUGAAGAAAGAGCAGAAGCCAAGAAAAAGUUUAGGAAUUUAACUGAUGCAGGGAAGACAGAAGCAGCUCUUCAUGAAGACUGAAAGUGAUCUGCUGGCAUAGUGCUUUUAUCACAACCGUUUCUGAACUCUUUGCAAAUGAUGAGAUCCAAAGAUGACUUGUCCAUUUCCAGUGAAACAUGGGACAUUCUUCUUACCCACAGGAAUGUACUGACUUGUCAGUCUAACACCUGCAUAUUACAUUGAUGGUACUCACAGUAGCCUCUUAUCAUGCCUGCAUCUGGCAGAAGGGAACCCUUGUUUUCUAUUUGCCUUUAACUGAAGAAAGUAACCAGGAUUUUAGUAAAAGAAGAAUGUCACCAAAGCCUAAUGCAAGUGGCUAAGCCAGCUGGCUCUUAGUAAUAGUGGUAAUAAAGAUAACAAGUAUUGGAACCAGUGGGGAAAAAACCUGGGUCUUAUUUGCACUUUAUGUAAAUUUCUUAGCUGAAUGGAAAGGCGAUUUACAAAUUAAAAUCUGUUGCAGAUGCCAAUGGGCAAUGCAAGAUAUUGGAAAUGUGAAAUUAAACUAGGUAUUUGUAGAGGGUCAUCUUCUGUUAUGCUUAACAUGGGGCCAUUGAUGGGCUGCUAAUCACUUUUGCUGCACAGAGCAUUGGCUUUAUUCUCCUGUAUUAUUGCUUUCUAAAAGGAUAAUCUUCCAUGUUGCCAUCAAACUGCCUGGAUUUUGUUCACAUUUCAACAGUCACGCAGUAGCAAUUCAGUUGCUUUGCCCUUUUACAGCCCCUGGACAGAGGGUGGGGAGGCAGUUAUGCAUCUGUUCACAAUUUUGUGAAUUAUUUUUUUUCUUUUUUGAUUUGAGCUGGAUCAAUGUUCACUUCCCAUUUUCAGUUUGUUUUUUAAAGCAGCUGGUUUCACCGAAAGAUUGGUAAGCUGGGGAGGUUGAUGGCACACAAAAUGCUUUAGCCCUUAGAGCCAAGAAUUUUUAAUUGAGUCUCCGUAUACCAACUUGUGUAUGAUUAGAAGUGUGAAUUUGGAAGGUCAAGAUAUGUUUGGCAGCCUGACAAAUGUACGAUGAAUAACUAUGUCUAAUUUAGAGUUUUGAUUUCUCUCUCUGCUGCCCAUCCUGAGUUUGGACAUUUUGGUUAAUUUGUAUGUAUGUGCACUUUGAAUGAAAAAGUGAUGCUGUCCCAAUUAUUUCAAAUUAUUUUCCCUCCUGCAUUUGAGCCACAAGAUAUACAAAAAGAGGAUUAGGCUCAGAUGAGCAGGAACACAUUUUCUUCAAGUGUGUGGGGUUUUUUGUUUUUUGUUUUUGUUUUUUAAUUUAAAAGUUAGAUGAAUAACUUCCAAGGUGUCCCCAAGCAGCUUAAACGUCCAAAACCAAGACUUAGCUGCUCAGUAUAGAUCUCACUGAUGUUGAGAAAAUUGUCAUGGUCACAUUGAGCACAUAAAUAAAUCAUUCUUGUUUUAACAAUUGUACACCUAGUGUGUAAACUUUCCCUCUUCAUUCAUAUAGUUAUACCAGGCUUGUCAAUGUAUGUCAGUACCUACUUACAUCUUCCAAGUAUAUGCUUUCCCCUCUGGCCCAUACUUCCAUGUGUCAGGGGAUGGUUUUGAGGGGCCCUGCCAAUUAUGAUUUUUCUUCCCCAUUUUAACCAACCCACCCUUGACUCAGUUUGUCACAUGCCUGACCAGAAGGGAAGCAAUUGGCAGGACAGCCUUCAUGGGCAAGCACAUGGCUUCCGCAGAACUUGACCCAGAGAAUGAGUGAUGAUGUGAGUGCUAGGCACUGCCAAAUUAGGAUCUUUUGACAUUAUUCAAGCUUCCUAGCUAGGGAAAAAAGUACAACAGCAACACAAGAUGUAAAAGCAGCAGCUUUUCUGACAUGAGAAAUGGCAAAAGGAAUUGAGAUUUUGAGCCAAUUGUGAUCUUUAAGAAAAGAGGGUCAUCCUUGUGCCAUUUUUUGAAGUCUGAAUUUAAGUCAACUAAUAUUCGCCAACCCCUCUUCCUCAGACUUCUACUGGGGAUCCAGGUGUGAUCAUGUGGUUUUAACUCCACUUGGUCUGACAGUGUGUGUGUGUGUGUGUGUCUCUCUCUCUCUCUAUCUCUUUUCAGGGCACACAUCCUGCUGAAUGAGAGAGAUGCAUUUGAGGAGGGGAGAUGACACAACCAUCCCUGAUCCCUGUAAAUCAUACUAGGUUCCCUCUAAUAAGGCAUGUAAUUUGAUACAUUUCUUCUGUAAAGUAAAAUUCUUCCACUACAGAUGCAUCUAAAUAGCACAAAAUGGGCUUGAAGGAAACAUAAUCAACUUAAAAUUCUAAUUCCAAAGGAGUCAAAAGUCUUAACUAAAAGCAAUAGGUGACUCCUUGAAAGAAGAAUUUAUGUAAAUAGUUAAAUGUUGAACUCUCUAAAAGACUGGCUGCAGGGGAAUAUGUUUUUAAUAGUUUGAGUGUCUCUAUGCAAAGUUGACAUUUUCUACAUUUUAAAAAGUUCUUUAAAGGAGUUUUUUAAUUAUUUGAGGGGGCAAACCUAAUAAAAACUCAUUGCUUCUGCUAGAUUUCAGAAACAUUAAACUUAAUCAAUAUUGCCUAUUAGAUAAUGAUGUUAGUGCAAAUCACAUCAACUGCCUACAACAAAGUAAUGUGUACAAUUUUUUUUUAAAAGGGUCUGGAUGUUAAAGGUACUUUUAUUAUCUCUGUUGCCAGCAUAAGGCACCAGCAGUGUGCUUGGGUGGUGUGGAGAAAUCAGUGCAUUUAUUGUAAAGAAAAUGUUUGCUAAAUGUUUUCAGUUUCAGCCUAUAUUCUCUUGGUCUAGGUAAGAGUGUUGAUUGAUUGAUUUUUUUUUUACCUGGAAGAGACAGACCUUUCAUCUCUCAAUAUGUAAAAUUUAAACAUCAAGAAACUGAUUAUACAGGAUUAUAAAAUAUUCCCCCUUUCCCUCACCACAGAUCUGAGAUCAGUGGAAGGAUCUCUGUGCAUGUUUCACACAUUAAUUUUAACAAGUCAUUAAUGAAGCCUUAUUCUUGAAGUCUCUCCCACAUUCUUCCCACUUUUUCUUGAGGGGGAUGCUUGCAAACUGGUACACAAGAGCAAAGUUUUCUUUUAGCAGCUGUACUAAUAAUAAAAUGCAUGAAUUGCUUCUCUACAUAUGGACUUAAGAAGUUUCUUUCCAGCUUUGGGUUUCAUGGCAAAGUGUUUAAAAUAUACUGUAUAUAGCUAAACAGCGUGUGCCAUCUGGCUGUGAAAAUGGACUUAUUUCUCCAGUGUAUUUAAUUUUAAGUCUUCCCAAAGCCACCAACAGCUUGUUUACACAUUUAGGUAAAUGUGUGCCUUCAUCAUUUAUGUCUGCAGAACUGCUGUACAACGUGAAAGAUGGAGGUUUUGUUGUUUUUUUUGUUUUUGUUUUGUUUUUCUUCCAUAGAUUCCAAGGACAGAAGGGACCAUUUUGAUCAUCUAGUCUGACCUCCUGUAGAACACAGGCCACAGAACUUACCCAAAAUAUUUCCUAGAGCAGAGUUUUUAGAAAAAAUAAAAUCCAAUCUGGAUUUAAAAAUUGUCAGUGAUGGAGAAUCCAUGGCUUUUAAAAAAAAAUAAUUAGUUGCCCUUCCCAAUGUGACUUCAUUUCACAUUAGGUGAUGUUGGAAGAUCUGCAAGCUCCACUAAGCUAUCAUUCCCAACAGGGCCUACUGGUUGUGAAAGAAAGCUGGGAGAGGACAAACAACUUCUUUAAAAACAAAAACAGAAGGCAUUGAUAAAUAGAGAGAGGCUAUUUGUAUUCUUAAGCCUGUAUCUGACUUGUUAGAUUAAUGAGAGGCUCAAGAGGCCUUUUCCCCCCUUUAGUUUACCCUUGCUCCUGUGAGUAAAUGACUUCUGCAAAAGUCGAGUUUGAAAAGAUCGUGAUCAUAGAAUCAUAGAAUAUCAGGGUUGGAAGGGACUUCAGAAGGUCAUCUAGUCCAACCCCCUGCUCAAAGCAGGACCAAUCCCCAACUAAAUCAUAACUUGAAGCAAUUGCUUUUGAUGUUUUAAACUAGUCCUUUUUGUACAAAACACUAGGACCACACUGCUAAGAUUGCCUUAAAACAAGUACAUCCUAACUCUUUGCAGAAUUACUUGAAAUAUGACAAAUGUACUACAGAUACUAAAGAACUGAUAACUGACAAUUAUAAGCAUAAUAAGAAAUAUUGGUUAUUUGUACUAUUCUAUGGUAUAAACAGCAUGUUGUAUUCAGCACACACUAGAACUUCUGACAUCUAAACUUGACUAUAGACUAUUGAUUUUAUACUUAUGUGGUUCUGGCUGAAUAAAUAAACAUAGAAUCAUAGAAUAUCAGGGUUGGAAGGGACCCCAGAAGGUCAUCUAGUCCAACCCCCUGCUCAAAGCAGGACCAAGUCCCAGUUAAAUCAUCCCAGCCAGGGCUUUGUCAAGCCUGACCUUAAAAACCUCUAAGGAAGGAGAUUCUACCACCUCCCUAGGUAACGCAUUCCAGUGUUUCACCACCCUCUUAGUGAAAAAGUUUUUCCUAAUAUCCAAUCUAAACCUCCCCCAUUGCAACUUGAGACCAUUACUCCUCGUUCUGUCAUCUGCUACCAUUGAGAACAGUCUAGAGCCAUCCUCUUUGAAACCCCCUUUCAGGUAGUUGAAAGCAGCUAUCAAAUCCCCCCUCAUUCUUCUCUUCUGCAGACUAAACAAUCCCAGCUCCCUCAGCCUCUCCUCAUAAGUCAUGUGCUCUAGACCCCUAAUCAUUUUUGUUGCCCUUCGUUGUACUCUUUCCAAUUUAUCCACAUCCUUCCUGUAGUGUGGGGCCCAAAACUGGACACAGUACUCCAGAUGAGGCCUCACCAGUGUCGAAUAGAGGGGAACGAUCACGUCCCUCGAUCUGCUCGCUAUGCCCCUACUUAUACAACCCAAAAUGCCAUUGGCCUUCUUGGCAACAAGGGCACACUGCUGACUCAUAUCCAGCUUCUCGUCCACUGUCACCCCUAGGUCCUUUUCCGCAGAACUGCUGCCGAGCCAUUCGGUCCCUAGUCUGUAGCGGUGCAUUGGAUUCUUCCAUCCUAAGUGCAGGACCCUGCAUUUAUCCUUAUUGAACCUCAUUAGAUUUCUUUUGGCCCAAUCCUCCAAUUUGUCUAGGUCCUUCUGUAUCCUAUCCCUCCCCUCCAGCGUAUCUACCACUCCUCCCAGUUUAGUAUUUCUGUGAUCUUUACAGAAACAAGGGAUUUUAAAAAAAUGAAAAGUAUUUUAUUCCAUUUUUGUUGAAUUUAAAAUGUUUGAAUGUUUUUUGCAAAUAGCUGGUUUGAACACCACUCACAUCGAAAAGGAAAAUUUAUCUAUUUGCAGGCAAAUUUAAUUAUUUUUACUUCAACUGUGAUGUACUACCAGCUCUUUCAGAGUGAGUUAUGGGUAAACCUUCUCUUGUCAGGUUGUAUGCUGGUCAACAAUCCCGGCACUUUGGAGUCAAUAGAUACUAAUUCAUGUGGUGGUAUUUUACAAUCCAGCACAUUUUGUGUUCAUAUUAAUUAAAAAAGUGUGGAAUGAAACAAAUUAAGUGUUGCAGGAGUCAAUAAACACUGGGUCAUGUUAAAUUCUG